GGGCAGGAGGGCGGGGCGGGCCUCUGUGACGUCAGGACCACGCCCCCUGGGAAGGCGCUGCGCCUGCGCCAGAACGGCUGCCUCGCUCCCGGAAGUGGAGGGUCCGCACGGAGAGCGCCGCUGGGUCUGGGUGCCCGGAGGCAGAAGCGCUGGCGGAGCUCGCUCGUCAGCCUCCGACCGCCAUGUCGUCCUUCGACACCAACCCCUUCGCAGACCCAGUGGACGUAAACCCCUUCCAGGAUCCCUCUGUGACCCAGCUGACCAAUGCUCCACAAGGUGGCCUGGCUGAAUUCAACCCCUUCUCAGAGACAAAUGCAGCGACAACAGUUCCUGUCACACAGCUCCCUGGGCCCUCGCAGCCGGCGGUUCUCCAGCCCUCGGUGGAACCAACCCAGCCAACCCCCCAGCUCCUGCUUAGACAGGCCAGCAAGUUCCUGCCUACCAGAUUCCUGGCAGUGAGCGAGCUCUCAGAGAGGCAGAUGCUUCUAGGAGGAGAUAGUAUUCUCAGAGACAGCUACAUGCGAAGGCUUCCGAAGGCCGUGGCCUCCGCAGCGCAGGCGAGCCUGCUCCGGCAGCAGGAGGAGCUGGACAGGAAAGCAGCCGAGCUAGAGCGCAAGGAGCGGGAGCUGCAGAACACAGUGGCCAACUUACACGUGAGAGAGAACAACUGGCCGCCCUUGCCCUUCUGGUGCCCCGUCAAGCCCUGCUUCUAUCAGGACUUCUCGGUGGAGAUCCCUGCCGACUACCAGCGGAUAUGCAAGAUGCUGUACUAUCUCUGGAUGUUGCAUUCGGUGACUCUGUUUCUGAACCUGCUUGCCUGCCUGGCGUGGUUCUUAGUCGACAGCACCAAGGGAGUGGACUUCGGCCUUUCGAUCCUGUGGUUUAUCAUCUUCACCCCUUGUGCCUUCCUUUGCUGGUACCGACCCAUCUAUAAGGCUUUCAGGUCCGACAACUCUUUCAGCUUCUUCGUGUUCUUCUUCAUAUUUUUUUGUCAAAUAGGGAUUUAUAUCAUCCAGUUGGUUGGCAUCCCUGGCCUGGGGGACAGUGGUUGGAUCGCAGCCCUGUCUACGCUGAAGCAAGACCACUUGGCUGUGUCGAUCAUCAUGAUGGUGGUGGCUGGCUUCUUCACCCUGUGCGCUGUGCUCUCGCUCUUCCUUCUGAAGCGGGUGCACUCCCUGUACCGCCGGACGGGGGCCAGCUUCCAGCAGGCCCAGGAGGAGUUUUCCCAGGGGAUCUUCAGCAACAGGACCUUCCGCAGCGCUGCUUCCUCUGCUGCCCGAGGAGCCUUCCAGGGGAACUAGUCCUCCUGCCUCUCCUUCCUCUGCCCCAGCCUUUUCUCUCGCCUGCCUUCUAGCUGCACUUUCCGUGGGUGCCUUAAAGAGUGGUUAUGCCCAGCACAGACCUGGGGAGGGUCUUGCACGGUCCUUCGGUCCUUCCUUCCUUCUUAGCCGCCAGCUCUCCAUUCUGCCCAAGGGGAGGGGAAGGAGGGACAGGGACUUUUUUUUUUUUUUUUUAACACAAGA